GACGAAUGUUUGGAAGAGCGCUAGUCUCGGUGCGUCAAAAUAAUAUUCCUGGCUGCAGCAGUUUCAAUAAUAUUGGUUCCAUUUUUUCCAGGAUAUUGUAGACCCUAUUGUAACGAGUUGCUCAUUUUGCUAAGGCUACCGAUUGCACAGAUGUUUUUGGAUUUUAAACAGAAUUAUAACGUCCGACGUGCACUCACCGCCAUGAUGGAGAGAAAAAAGGUCCGACAAGGUUAAAGAACACCGACCGAGCGAUCUCCACAGCGACGACUUUUGGAAACAAUUCAAUGAACUACCUCUAUCCGUCAUCACUUGUGUUUCCGUUUCCUGCGUUUGGACCGGCGAUCUUUGGUAUUGUCUGCUCUGUCAAACGUCAAAUUUGACGUUUAUACUUUUAAAUAUCGCGUUUUAAACAUGGAUACAAAUGGAAAUAAACCUCAAGAAGAUGUAGACGAUCCAGAAGAACCUUCUAUUACCUCUUCCGACCCAAACGAGCGAAAAUUAGCCAGGCGACUUCGAAUGCAAAGAAGAUUGGAGGCUCUCAAGAGACAGGAGGGUUUGGAAGAGGAAGUAAUCAUUGAAAAAUCCACAUUCGAGAAGCAAAUCGAUGCUAGUGCGGAUCUCUUGGAAAAAUUAAUUUCUGAAGGUGAAGAAGCUAUAUUAAAUGUAAGAAUAGCUAAUGAUGCUAGAGAAGUACAUAGGCGCAAUGAAGAAAGUCAAGUUCGAAGAAAACUGUUGGCACAGUUGGAAGAAGAGGCCAAAGAAAGUAUGGAAAAAUAUCACGAAAUUAAUGCAAAAUGGACCAAUAUUCUGGCUUCCAAAGAUCCUCUUGACAUCCACUGUGAAAUGAAAGCUCAAAAUACUAAAUGCCUGGAAAUUCUUAAAGAAAAAGAUCAACUUAUCAGUGACCUAAAGCAUGUGUUGGAAGAUACUGAUCUAAAAUUUGCCACAGAUCAACAAAAACAAAAUGAUGAUAUAAAUUUAUUGAUGGAAAGGAUCGAUAAUCAAAUUAAUACAAUAUCUACAGCUUAUCGUAGAGAAUUAGUGCUCAUUGACAAGGCUAUUGAAUCCGAGCGUAAGGUACUCUUAAUCAGUAAUGCAAAGAAAUGGGAGCAAUUAUACAAACAACGAAAUCAGAAUGAGAUCGAUGGGUUUGAGGCCAGGAAACAAAUAAUGCGUGACUACGAUAUUGAGAUGAAAAGAGUUAUGACAGAACAUCAAGAAGAGUACAGAGCUCAGAAAAUUUGGUUUGAGACAGAGUAUCAAAAGUUGCAACAGGAGCUUCAGCAAAUGAAAUCCACAUGUCUUAUGAACAUCGAAAAAUUAGACUACAGUUAUUCUGUACUGAAACGCAGAGAAGAUGAGAAUACCAUCAUUAAGAAUCAGCAGAAGCGCAGAAUAAAUAAGUUGCAGGAUGUGGUCAAUGGAUUGAAAAAAACUUAUGUUGAGUUAGAAGAGAACACUAGACUUGAGAUACAAAAACUCUCUGAACAAGUGAUCAAAACUCACAAGAGUAUUCUUGAAUUGGAGCAAAAGUCUAAUCACUUCACAGCAAUUAAUGAAAAACAAUAUAAAAAAAUCUGGAACAUGAAUGCAAACAGUGUCGGUGACUUGGCAAACAAAAUUUUAACAGUGGACCAAAUCAUCUAUGAAAAUACUCUAGGCUUAGAAUGGGAACCUCCUGAAAAGCCUUUGUUAGCUAUGGAAGAUUUGCCGUCCUACCAGGAAGUUAUGAAUCAGAUGGAUCGAAAAAAAUCGAAGGCUCGAGAGACAAUUGAAAUUUGUAAGCCAUACGUUGUUGCCACCACCCUAACAGAAGUGAAUGCUGAAAGACAAUUGCUUUACACCAUUUUGAACCAGAUAUCGGAUCACACUGGAUUUUUGAUCGAAGAUCGACUUCGAGAGUUACUGACCCCGUAUACAGUUGAUGAAAAACAUAUCAUCAGGCUGAAUAAUAUCUUUCAAGCACUGUCAAUCAAGUCAGAAACUGAGAUACGAAUGAUGAUGACUUUUUUUCUACCCUAUUCGUAUUGUCCAAUCUGUACACACAUACCACUGACGUGUGGAGAGUCGAGUGAAACAUUGGCAACAGAGGCUUUAGAUGAGAGUGACGAACAUUCACUGAAGGGUAAAGCAGACAAAAAACAAACUAGUUUUGGACUUCAUGAAGAAACUAAUCAAUCAGAAGGUCUUCUACCUACAUUAAAAUCUUCUGAAACAACAGGUUCCAAAACUCAAUGUUAUUGCGUGAUCCCCGACGAUGCAGACUUAGGUGUUGAAGAUACUUCGUUGCAAAAGAAGAGCGUGGUUUGUGAAAAAGGUCAUGCCCUUUUUAUUGAAUCUGCAUACGUGACACGUGCAUUCAGAGAAUUUAUUACAAAGUAUCAUGCGGCUCAGCAUGAUGAAAUUCCUAUGACAUUCAAAGAAAAGUUAAAUUAUCAGGAGCUUACUGUAUCCCGCAACUUAGCCGUUGAAGAUGUUACAGAGUUCUGGAAGCGUUACAGAGAAAUAUUUUCUACAAAGAAGGAAAAACUAUGGGAUGGGUUACUCAUAGGAUUACGCAAAUAUCACGAAGUACUUAAAGAGCGGCAUAAAUUGAACACUGAAACCAGUAACCUUCAAAGACAAAAUUCCGAGCUACGAAGACUCUUGCAGAUUUAUAUGCUUAAGCCUGCUCAAGGUUCUUGUUUACCACCAUUGGAACUGCGAUCAAACAGCAGUAUUGAAUAAAUCAAAACUGGAGCUCAACUCUCUGAUGACAAACUAGCAAACUUGGUAAUAAAUACGUUUACUUUUAUGAAAGCUAAAUGUCAUUUUUCGUCUUUGUCACAAUUUCUAAUAUCUCACCAAAUUUUUCUACAGUCCUGUUCUAACCGGAUCUGUAUCUAUUGCUACGAUGCAGAUUUGAUUUGAACUCAGCUGUGAGAAGUUAUUAAUCCAUCAUACUUACUCACUUUUCUUCCAUUUCCAAUCAAACACCAAAGAACUCGCGGAUCCAGUACAAAUUUUACACACGCCUUCAACUUCGGAUAAUUUAUUUCUUAUAAAACAGAAAGAUAGAAAAAAACAACAACUUACGUUCAACAAUAUUGUCGGUAAAUUCAGCAUAAAUAAACA